UCAUAAAAGGUUCCUUGAUCCAUCCAUGUCUUACUUAGAAUAUUAAAAGUAAUGAAUGCAUAAAUAAAUAAAAAAUUAAAAAUAUUGGCUUUUGGUUUGAUUUGAUAAGUUUGGUUGAGCUGAGCGGAGUGAAGAAAGUUGGGUUUGGUUUGAUCGAAGAAAUGGCGAAGGGAGGAGAGAAAUGCAAUGAGGAGUUGUAUGAGGUUCUGGGCAUAGAGAAGGAGUGUACCCCAUCUGAGCUCAAGAAUGCCUAUAAGAAACUUGCACUGAAAUGGCACCCAGAUCGUUGUUCAGGGAGCCACGAGGAAGAAGGGAAGAAGAAGUUCCAGGCAAUCCAGCACGCCUAUUCUGUCUUAUCUGACGCCAACACAAGGUUACUGUACGACGUAGGUGUCUAUGACAGCGAUGACGACCAAACCGGCAUGGGUGAUUUCUUGAAUGAAAUGGCCACAAUGAUGAGUCAAUCAAAACCCAUUGACAAUGGGGAGGAGAGUUUUGAGGAGUUCCAACAGCUCUUUGGAGAAAUGUUUCAAGCCACUGCACCUGCUUCACCUACGUACAUCAUGACUAAUGGUGAAGGUUCUAGAUCAAAUAGACGUAAUUCCACUGAAAUUAAUUUUGGAAAGACAGAAAAUACAUCCGAACUCAAUCCCAGCGACCAGAACUUCUGCUUAGGGGCUCUGGUCGUAAAGAUUCUGAACUUCCUAGCUGUGCAAUUGCAUCUCAAUUGUUGUCCAUGUCAUGGUUGUGAUGUCAUUUUCUAUUAAAAAGGAGGAUACAAAGUUGUUGGGUUGGUAAUGAAAUGUUAGGAGUUUGUAAAAUGUAUCUGCCUUAGAUUACAUAUUACAUACGGUGACAUAUAAGUAAAAGUGGGUGUGUGACUACUACUGAUAGAUAUUGGUGUUGAUGAU